AAAACUUGCGGCUUCGACUCAAUUAGCUUAUCACGAACUUUGUCUACAGCUACUCUCUUCUGGGCAUAUGUCUAGCUAGCUUCUCACUUCCAUUAACAUCCCCAUAUCCUACCAGCCUUGCCGCCCCCACCAUGCCCCGGCUUGUGCGCCGCCGCCCGUUGACAGAGCGCAUCGCAUCCUACCUGAACCCUCUAGACUUUCUAUUGUGGCUGUCCGAGGAGGUCGAUACUCAUGACUGGGAUCAAUUCGAGAAAGACUGGGCAUUGCCGCUCGGUGUGCUCCUAAACCUGACUUUCCUCAUCGCCCGAGCCAACAGUCAAACAACGGGCAGUCAAGCUAUAGAUGAUGUGUUUGGCGACGAUGAAAGCACACCUUGGCUGAGUUGGUUGGCCUCCUUUUUGGUACACCUCCUUACGACAUUUUCCGCCUUCAACGCCUUCUAUACUUUUUAUCGUAAACGCCUUUAUCGUCUCUUCGAAGCCUCGAUCGAUCGUGCCCCCGCAACACCAUCGGCGCACCGAGUGCGAGUCGACUCAACCCCUACAACUGCGUCUCCUUUGCGGUACUUGGCCGAUGUAGUGUCUGGAUCGGCACAAUCGAGAGCGCAUCCAGAUGCUCAACGCGAUGUUUGGGAGCUCGCUGUCUGGGAUCCUUUCCCCAUCUGCAUUCGACUCUUCUGCCUGUUCAGCCCCGGCCAUGUUCUAGUCUAUUGGUUAUUCCUACCGACUCAUGUGUCUGAUCCCCGUCCCAGCGUUACCAUUGUGACCACUCUCUUUCUGGCAGCUCUGCUUUCAGUGCAGAUGACAUUCCUGUCCUCAUCCUACACGCAGCAGGCGAAAGACAACAUGCUGGUUCAUAAAGAGGUUCUCCGCGAGUAUGAUACCAAAUAUGUGCAUCCUCGAACCCAACCUCUGAUGAGGGAUGUUGGAACUCAAUUCUCGGAGUCUGAUACCGACAUCAAGCACAACAAGGUCGACACAUUCACACCAACCUUCGUCAUCAACCGAGGAUUCAAGACGAGUCCAAACCCUAACUAUAUCAAACAUAUCGACCCUGAAGGAUACUCGUCAGGACAGCAAUCCGCAGCGGGUACACCUAGUGGUCCCACAUAUCGUUCAAGUGCCCUCCAGACCCCUAGUCAUUUGCGCGAUGCUUCCCCUGUUGUCCGCAACCCAGUUGCAUCGAUUCGCCAGCCUCAAUUCCGACGAACUCCAACCGCUACUGGCGACGGAGGUAGUCUUGGGGUUUAUUCUCACGCUAAUUCUCCAUUGAGGAAAUCGGUCUCGGCGAACCUGGACCGCCGACUGCAAAGUAACGGAGACUUUUUCUACAAAGAGCGUGGUACAAGCGCAGUGAAAAGGCAGUCCAGCCCACUCAAACGGAGCAAUGUGCCUGGAGGGGAAAGUCCAGCCACGCCAGGUCCCAGACGGAGCCAACCUGGCGCACGCCGUGAAACAACCCAUUUCUUGUUGUAAGCAUCCGGUAUACGCUCAAACCUCACUUGACCAGGUUGGCAGCAAAAAGUAUUUCUUGUACAAACCAUAUCCUCAACUUUCGUCAUGGCUCAUCCUCGUGACUUUGCAUUCUCCAAGCAUCAAGUACGGCGUUUAGUGUGUUCAUCUGAUUUUAUUUGUCCUUCUCUAUUUUUCUUUGUUUCUGAGGGAAGGUCUUCUCAGAGCGGCGUUGAAGAUUUCCAGUCAUUUUCGGGAAUGGAGUUCCCGAUAGCCAGCCACUGUACAAUAUGCUUUUUGAUCCUCCGCAAUCAUGAAGACCGUUUGUCUUAAUUGGCCUUGUCGUGUUUUUGUUGAUCUGAAAUUACUUUUACUUGCCGGUGAAGC